AUGACAGACGAUGAUAUCUAUACAAAUGAUGGAACCGUUACCCUUAAGAACGAACGUGCUAUCAAGAAAAAGACUGGAAACUGGAGAGCUUGCCCAUUCAUUCUUGGUAAUGAAUGUUGCGAAAGGUUGGCUUACUAUGGAAUGAGUACCAAUUUGGUGAACUAUCUGGCUGAUCGUCUUAACCAAGGAAACGUCCGUGCAUCCAUCAAUGUUACAAAUUGGUCUGGAACAUGUUAUGCAACACCAUUGCUUGGAGCUUUCUUAGCUGAUGCAUACUUAGGAAGAUACUGGACAAUUGCUGUUUUCUCCAUUAUCUACUUCUUUGGAAUGACACUCUUAACACUAUCUGCAUGCGUCAAAGGACUAGAGCCAACUUGCAAUCACACCGGAUGCCACCCAACAUCAACCCAAACUGCAGUCGCCUUUGUGGCUCUCUACUUGAUUGCUUUAGGAACUGGUGGCAUUAAACCAUGUGUGUCAUCUUUUGGGGCUGAUCAGUUCGAUGAAACUGACAAAUCCGAGAGGAAAAAGAAGAGUUCUUUUUUCAACUGGUUUUAUCUUUCCAUCAACAUAGGUGCACUUUUUGCGUCGUCCAUUUUGGUUUGGAUACAGAUGAAUGUAGGGUGGGGUUGGGGGUUUGGUGUUCCAGCUGUCGCCAUGGCUAUUGCUGUUUGCUUUUUCUUCUCAGGGAGUCCUUUGUACAGGAUUCAAAAGCCUUCAGGAAGUCCUUUUGUUAGGCUUUGUCAAGUGAUGAUAGCGUCACUUAGAAAGUUUAAUGUCAAAGUUCCCAAUGAUAAAUCACUUCUUUACGAGACUUCUGAUUCAGAAUCCCAGAUUGUAGGAAGUCGUAAGCUUGAACACACUGAUAAAUUCAGGUUUUUGGAUAAGGCUGCAGUGGAGACAGAGUCAGAUCGCAAUAAGGAAGUGAACAAUCCUUGGAAACUAUGCACUGUGACUCAAGUUGAAGAGCUCAAAUCCAUCAUCAGGAUACUCCCCGUUUGGGCAUCAGGGAUCAUAUUCGCUGCAGUUUACAGCCAAAUGAGCACCAUGUUCGUCUUGCAAGGAAACACCAUGGACCAACACAUUGGUCCCAACUUCAAGAUUCCAUCUGCUUCUCUUUCACUUUUUGACACUCUUAGCGUCAUCUUCUGGGCUCCUGUUUACGAGCGUUUCAUCAUCCCCAUUGCCAGAAAGUACACCCGCCAUGAACGAGGCUUCACACAGCUUCAACGAAUGGGUAUCGGUCUUGUGAUCUCCUUGUUUGCCAUGAUGUCCGCUGCUGGCUUGGAGGUGUUCCGGUUGAACUAUGUCCGGAAAAACAACUUGUACGAUGCUGAAACAAUCCCCAUGAGUAUCUUCUGGCAAGCCCCGCAGUAUUUCUUGAUUGGGUGCGCUGAGGUGUUUACGUUCAUUGGGCAGAUUGAGUUCUUUUAUGAUCAGGCGCCGGAUGCAAUGAGGAGCUUGUGUUCUGCAUUGUCACUGACGACGAUUGCGGUGGGAAAUUACCUGAGCACAGUGCUUGUGACAGUGGUGGCGAAGAUGACGACCAAGAAUGGAAAGGCUGGGUGGAUCGCUGACAAUUUGAAUGAAGGGCAUCUUGAUUAUUUCUUUCUGCUGUUAGCAGUUUUGAGCUUGUUGAAUUUGUUGGCUUAUGUAGGUAUUGCCAAGUGGUAUACUUACAAGAAGGUUAGUGGCUACCCAGAUCGGGUUUAA